CUUGUCGCUCAGUUAGGUUGUGACCUGGACCAAUGACUGCUUUUGCUAGUCAAGCUUUGGUGCCAUCUUGUGGCAACCGCGAGCAUUUCAGAACAAAAUCGGCAAACGGGGUGUGAGGUUUUGAGCAAGGAGCCAGGGGAUACGUCCUAAAAACUACAUUUGGAUUCUACAGUCGUCGAGCGUGAAUAUGCAGCCGUUACUACAGUGAUGAUGAUAUUGUUACAAAAUCACACAAAUCAAAAAAUUCUCACGUUAUUACACUGUAACGACGUAGGUACAUGAGCCAAGAUGCAUUAUUCAAGAAAUCAUUUUGAGACCAACAACGUGAAAUCGGACAUUUUCUCAGAAUACACUAAUGUGCCACAGGACAUAAACACCGAUGAUGAUGAUGAUGAUGUCAUUUUGAACCCAAAUGACAUCAUCCCGACAAUAACGGCCAUUUUGUUUUCUUUUGUUAACUCCACGCAAAUGUAAGCUAAACAUAGAUGUCAUGUUUUUGGGGAGUUGUAACCACGGCGAUUGUAAUAUUUGACCCCGAAAUGACCUCACAUUGACUAUGACGUCUGUUUUUGCCUUAAUUAAAGACACAAAUCACUGCAUAAAUAUGACAAAUAUCGUAUUGGGUGUGGGUGAGUCCGAAGACGAUUUUGUGACUCUCCGGCGAGUAUUUUCCAUCUUUGCAACUUUUAGAUUGUGCGGGUCCACCUCUGCAAAAAAAAAAUAAAAAAUAAAUAAAAGUGAGAACUAUUUUGGUCGACCCCCCCCCCCACCCCCACCCCCGCCCCCCUCCCAAGAAUGUAGCCAACAAAGAGCGCCUUGAGAGCGGGUCGCGACCUGACCAGGUGCGCCACGAACCGCCGCGUGCCAAAAAAAAAAAAAAAAAAAAAAGCGUGCCCGGUUCGGUUUCUCCAUGACGAGGUCCAAUUCUGAGGAAUUCUAAUAUGUUCCUCGUGGGCCCGUCGAACCGCCUCGACCGGCUUGCGACAGGAGGCCUCGCCUUCUUCAAACCGGUUUUUGGGUUCGGGUGAAAGAAAACAGUACGGGAGCAAGCUGCGGGAAAUGAACCUGGACUUCAUUUGGGGAACUGAGGCAGGAACUGGACCGGAGGAAAGUCACAAUUUGGACUCCUCAGCUCAGCCGAAAUAGUUGGGGAUAUUCGGCACGGGGGGGUCAGGAUGAAGCGAAAAUUCGUUAUAAUAUUAUAGUAUUUAAUAUUUACAGGUAAACUAAAUUUGAAUUUAAAUUGACCUUUUUUUUUUCCAGUACAAAUCUCAAGGGAAGUACAACGGGAACAGAUUAUCUUAAAAACACAAUUGUGAGCUCAAUAUGACUUUAUCAUAAUGAAGAAGGAAAAAUGGGGGAAAAAAAAGCACAGAGUGUCAUCAGAGGGGCGUGGCCACCGAGCUUGACGGUGUCGUUGCAACACAGACCGGAAGAGUCACAGAAAGGUGACGCGGUCGACAUUUGUGAUCAAAGUUCAAACGUGUUGACUUUGCGCUGUGGCACCUUGUUUAAAAAUAAAAAAUUAAAAUGCAGCAAAUUGUGCAAAAAAGGAAAAAAAGAAAGUUCUGCAACUUGGAUUUUUUUGACAUCGUCAUUGAAAUGUUCGGAAAAAUGAAUUUCACCUGUUCAAAGUCAGCGUCGCAUUUCAGCGUCAUCAUAAAAAAGGUCCACAAAAGUUAAAUAUGCAAAACGUUUGAAUGCCAAGCAGGUUAAUAAUAAUAUAAUAAUAAUAAUAAUUAAAGCCCACCGAACCGAUUCGGAUUGACUGACCCACUUUCGUCACGAUGGAGAACAAAAUUUAACAUGUCGCGUUUCUGCCACUUGAAUGAGCUUCUAUUUUUAUUUUUCAACAUUUCACUCAUAAUUGUUUUGUUUGUGUGUGUGUGUGUCUGGUGCCUUGACUACUUUAUUGUAUAACUUGAAAGAUGUCUAAUAAACGCAAAAAAACAAAUAUGACGACAAAUCUCAGUCUUUCUUGUGGGGAGUUUCUAUUUUUAAAACUUGUCCCAUGGCGCCUGCUUCCUCCUUUCUGGUCUCGGCCCUCCGAAUUCCUGCCGGGUCGGAAUGCGGUUCUGCGGGCUCGUGGAACCUUUUCGGCUUCCUCAAUUCCAAUUCCACGCGCGCGUCUUUUUUCCUUGUGCGCGCGCGCGCGCGUGGGCGGGGCCCGCGUCCUUUUAAAAAGCGCGUCGGCCGGCGGAGCUGCUGGUUGGAAUUCCGGCGCAGGUGUUGAAGAUGGCCAACUGGAUUAUUAACAAUGGCGUUUCGGUCGUCACGCUGGUGAGCCGCUGGACGUUUUCCGACUUCCGGAUAAUGUUUGCGUUUUUUUUGUUGUUGUUUGUUUUAAUUUAUUUAUGUUUGCAGGUGGUUUGGAUGGGAAUCAACCUCUUCCUCUUCGUCUGGUUCUACCUCUUCUACGACUUGGGGGAGGACUUCUUUUACACGCGCCAUCUCCUCGGGUCUGCCCUGGCCUGGGCGAGGGCCCCCGCCGCCGUGCUGAACUUCAACUGUCUACUGAUCCUCCUGCCGGUCUGUCGCAACCUGCUGUCCCUCAUCCGCGGAUCCCUCGUGUGCUGCAGCCGCAGUCUGAGGAAGCAGCUGGACAAAAAUAUCGACUUCCAUAAACUGGUGGCCUACACCAUCGCCCUGAUGACAGCCGUUCACGUCAUCGCCCACCUCCUCAACGUGGAGUGGUACAACAACAGCAGACAAGGCGAAUACGACGAGCUCAGCACGGCGCUGUCGAACUUGGAGGACGCGGACAACACCACCUACCUCAACCCCAUCCGGAUCACCAGCCUUGAUCCGCAGCAAAUUCCCACUUACUUGGUGUUCACCACCAUCGCCGGCAUCACGGGCGUCAUCAUCACGCUGGCGCUCAUCCUCAUCAUCACGUCGUCCAUGGAGGUCAUCCGCCGCAGCUACUUCGAGGUCUUCUGGUACACGCACCACCUUUUCAUCAUCUUCUUCGCCGGCCUCGUCAUCCACGGAGCCGGGCGCAUCGUGAGGCGUCAGAGUAACAGGGCGCAGCACAACUACACCAUCUGCAAGGACCGCGUCGCCGAUUGGGGUCGCGUCCCGGAGUGCCCCCUGCCGCAGUUUGCGGGAGGCUUUCCAGGGACUUGGUACUGGGUGAUCGUUCCGAUGUUUCUCUACCUGUGCGAGCGGCUGCUGCGUUUAGUCCGCUACUUGCAGCACGUCCACUAUCGAAAGAUCGUGAUGCGUCCGUCCAAAGUGCUGGAACUGCAGAUGGUCAAGAAGGGCUUCAAGAUGGAGGUGGGCCAGUACGUGUUCCUCAACUGCCCGAGCAUCUCGCAGCUGGAGUGGCACCCGUUCACCAUGACCUCGGCCCCCGAGGAGGAAUUCUUCAGCGUGCACAUCCGCUCGGCCGGAGACUGGACGGAAAAGCUCAUCAGCAUCAUGCAGCAGCUGCCCGAGGGGGCGCAGGGCCCCAAGAUGGGGGUGGACGGGCCCUUCGGCACGGCCAGCGAGGACGUGUUCGACUACGAGGUGGCCAUGCUGGUGGGCGCCGGGAUCGGCGUCACCCCCUUCGCCUCCAUCCUCAAGUCCAUCUGGUACAAGUUCAAGGACUCCAACCCCGCUUUGCGCACCCGAAAGAUCUACUUCUACUGGCUGUGCCGAGAAACCAACGCCUUCGAGUGGUUCGCGGACCUCUUGCAGGUCCAAGAGAGGGAGAUGGAGGAGAGGGGCAUCGGGGACUUCCUCACCUACAAGCUCUUUCUGACCGGAUGGGACCAGAGCCACGCCAACCACGCCAUGGUCCACUUUGACCAGGAAACCGACGUGGUCACUGGACUCAAACAGAAAACUCACUACGGAAGACCCAACUGGGACAAGGAGUUUGAGCAAGUCCGCAAAGAGAACCCCACGGCGGUUGUGGGGACGUUCUUGUGCGGCCCCGUGGCUUUGGCCAAGGUCUUGGAAAAGAAGUGCGCCAAAUACUCAGACGUGGACCCGCGCAAGACCAAGUUCUACUUCAACAAGGAGAACUUCUGAGCUGGGGAGGAACAAAAAGCAGCAGCAGCAGUUUCCUUUGGAAAGACCUGUUGGGGAAUGUUGCUCAGUGCUAAUUAAGACACAGAUGAGUGUGACGCAAAAAAACAAACAAAAAAAACUUUAGACCACAAUGCAGGGCGUGUUGCCGCGCAUUCUACCUUUUCUACUUUUGGUCCUGAUUUUUUUAGUUAACAACAAAAACAAAGUCAUUUAGAAGACGCUCUUCUGAACAUCAAUGCACAUUGAUUUCGAAAGGCCUGAAAUUGCGUGGGAAGUCGUUGCUGACAACAAAAGUCGGUUUUACACUUGUAAUAACAAGAUAGUUACACUAUAGCGGGGGCUGGGGAGUGUAAAAAAAAAAAAUUGCCACAAAAAAAGUUCCUUUCACAAGAUAGUUGUAAUACAAGAAUAUUGCAUUUAUAAAAGUAUUUUAAAUAUAUCAAGUUACCUUAAAAAAAUGAAAAUUGACGAGGCAAUUUGCACUAUAGAAUGAUGACAAUUGUUAGAAGUCACAUUACAUAAAAGAUAUUUUCAAAGUAUAGUUACAAAGCGAAGUACUUUUAAAAAGGUUAUUUUACAUGCUAUCAAAAUACCUUUUGAAUUUUAUAAGAAUGGUCUUAAUAUUACAAGAAGAAGUGAAUUUCAUAAGAUUGUUACAAGAAAAAUCCUUGAGGGAGAAAAAAAUAAAUAGAAUAAAAUAGUUGGAGUCAAAAGAAUAGUCACAUUAAUAUGAGAAAUAUUUGAAGAUAAAAAAAAAUUACAGAAAAAAAAAAAAAAAAAAAAAUCGGAAUAUUUCUAUUAGCGUAAUUCCCGGCCUAGAAGCCGUGACUUUUUUCCCCCCACACGCUUUCAACCCUGCAGUUUAUGCGGUGUUGCGGCGCAGGGGUUAGCGCGGCACGAGUGUUAGCGCACCUGGUUAUAAGCCUCGGUACACACAGUUGAACACUAGCGCUAGCGUUAAACUCUUUGUGUACUGUGGCUUAUAACCAGGUGUGCUCUGAAGGCCGGGAAUUAUGGUAAACAUAUGUAUCAAAGCAUCACUCCAAAAUCCCUUUUGCUGUGCUUCUCUGAUGAUAGAUUUAAAAAAAAAAAAAAAGAAA